AUGGCAGAUAUUGGUAAAGGCAUGCAGCUGGGUCUGUCCUGGGCAAAGACAGGUGCCGGCAAGCUACCCGACGGUGCCAUUCAGACACAGCCCGGUGUCUACGUAUGUCGCGCCUGGCAUGAGGGUGAACAAAUCCCCGGCAAGUACGUUCCACGUUAUGCGCUCGCCUACGUCCCCUAUGCAGGCAUGGAACAUCAAAUGAAAGAGUGCGAAGUUCUCUGUGACAGUAGCUGCCCCGGGCAAUCUCGCUGCUACGACUGGGUGCCGGCUACUGGAGGUCAAGUGCCCGAUAAAUCCCUUGUGGCAGGCAUAGCUGCUGAUGGAAGACCCUUGUACAUCGCUAAAGCCCAAAUAAAGGAUGAGGUUUGUGGAGGAAAGGUUAGUAAAUUUUAUUUGUUGAUUCCCUCCCCGUCAACGUUUGCUAAACGUAUGGCUUUAUUAUUAACCGCAGUAGGUUUGCUGCCUGUCUGA